GAAAGCAACGAGAAAGGCAUUCGAAGUACUGAUAGGUAUGUAAGGCACUCCACCGUGGAGAAGGACAUAACAAAGGCACUAAAUAAUAGAAACAAACAGACAGCCAGACGGUGUUAUUUCCUUUCUUGUCGCGCUAUGAACGCCCCGUCGCCCUUUUAGCAAAGACCCAUAGCUGCGCGGCUCGCUCCCGGCUAUUUGAUGAAUCUGCCGUUCUCUUAUCAUGGAUUAAUGGAUGAAAGGUUCUCAUUUUGUAGUAUAAAAGCAGCGAGUGGCUGAAAUGUGCCAACUAGGACACCAGAAGUGAUGAAUCAGGGAUUUAUGUAUAGAGACAGAUCAGAACUUUAGCAGCCCUGUCGAUGUUAAAAUCCUAUUCAUUAUAAUAACAAAACGUGCAUUUUAUAAUGGCGGGAUAUAAAAACGAACCCUAGGCUUGGUGCCAUAAGCGAACAGAUCAAAACCGUGGAGAGAAGCCGAACAAGAUGAGCAAGAUUACAUUCUAUGAAGACAAGAACUUCCAGGGCCGCUCCUAUGAGUGUAACACCGACUGUGCAGAUAUGCACUCCUACCUGAGCCGUUGCAACUCAGUGCGGGUGGACAGUGGCUGCUGGGUCCUCUACGAACGGCCCAACUACAUGGGCUACCAGUAUGUCCUGACUAGGGGCGAGUACCCCGAGUACCAGCGCUGGAUGGGUUUCAAUGACUGCAUCAGGUCCUGUCGCACAUUCACCUAUCCUAGUGGAGGACCAUACAGAGUGAGAAUUUAUGAACGCCCAGAAUUUGAAGGCCAGAUGAUGGAGUUUGUCGACGACUGCGAGUCAGUGCAAGAUCAUUUCCGUUCUCGCGACGUCUACUCCUGCAAUGUCAUGGAUGGCUACUGGACCUUCUAUGAACAUUCCACCUUCAAAGGAAGACAGUACUUCUUGAGGCCUGGAGAAUACCGGAAGUUUAGUGACUGGGGAGCAAACUGUGCAUCUAUUGGAUCAUUCCGAAGAAUUACUGAAUUUUAAUUUUAUUUUACUAAAAGAGCUUAUACUCAUGGCACAGCCAAUAAAAAUUUAAAAGUACAAGAAGUGUAACACUUAUUUUUGCAUUAAUGUGAAUUUUUACAGUAUAAUGAUGAAAUUUGUUAUGGUGGGGUCCUAGGGUGACCCUGUUCUCUGCUUUAUACUCUUAAUUACAUAGACAUGAACAAAAUACCCCCAAGUCCAUGCUAUAGCCUUCAUAUGUUACACUGCCUUGUGCAACAAGAUAGAGCACUUAAGCAGGCAGGACAGAAAAUUCUACAUGUAUUCUCAUGUA